AAGAGGAUGAGCAAUCGCCCAAAUUGUAAGGUCAUUAUUAGAAGGUCUUGCUUUUUGUGACGAUGUGUAACGACAAUGUAAUAUGCAGGGGUAUAGCUACACCAAAACAAGCCUGACAGUUGACGGAUGACUCCUCAAAGAGGAUGUACGAUCUUCUUGGAGACCAUAGAAAACAUCAAGCUAACAUGGAAGACCUUAGAUGCAAUAUUAAGUGGCUAUUUGAUGAGGAGAAGUUAAGAAAUACUCCUAGUGUGGUGGAGAAUGGCAUCACCCCAGAGCAAGAGUUGACAUUCCGACAGAAACAAGCAAUGCUAAUACAAACAAUUGGAUUAAAGUCAGGAUUGACCCAGCUUGCUGUGAACACUAGUGUAAUCUUCAUGCACAGAUUUUACAUGUUUCGCUCCGUCAAAUCAUUUCCCAGAGUGCAUCUGGCCUUGGGGCUUGCUUUUGCUGGUGGUAAAGUGGAAGAAAGUGCUCGUAAGUUGGAACAUCUCAUCAGAACAGCUGUGGACAUCAUCAGGACAAACAAGAACAGGGAGUUUUUGGAUAAAACAGAUCCUUUUACUUAUGAAAUGGACUCUCAGUACAGAGUAAAAAUGGAAGUUUUGUGUCAAAAUAACUGCAACAUUGAGUCACCUGCUUAUCAGGAAAUGAGGAAGCUUGUCCUAUACUGCGAAAAAGAAAUCUAUGCUGUCAUUGAUGGGUAUCUUUCCAUUUCAGCUGAGAAUAUCAAAGAUAUAUCUCAAUAUGCAUAUAAUCUUGCUACUGCUAGUUCACAACUUACAAUGUUAUGCUUGAAGUAUACACCUGAGACAAUAGCCAUCAUGUGUCUUAACAUUGCAUCUAAAGCACAUUCAGUCAAGUUUGUAUCCAUGAAAGACCCAAAUGUCAAGUGGUAUCAAGUUUUGCAUUCCCAGACCGAUAUAGCAGCAAUUGAAGCUGUGUCAGAAGAGUUUCUCCAGUGUAUUAAAGGUUGCCCACUUCUGCCAUCCUGGAUGACCAAUCUUGGAAGGAUGUCAAGAGUAGCAAAUAAUAGAGCGAUGCCUGGACCAGCUCGAGGACCUGGUGUAGCAUUUGCAUCAACUUCACAAGGAGCUCGUCCAUCAUAUGCUCAACCUAUCACAUCCUCUGCUGCUACUGCCAGUAUACCACAGCCUCCUGUAGCAACAGCAUUGCCCCCAUCCAACCACUCAGUCAAACAACUCAAGCUAAAUAAUCUAGAACAGUGA